CAUGCAUCCGGGAUCCAUGUGGACGCAGAGUCGUGGUUUCCUGGAAAGCGAAACACCCGUCUGGGACAUGGUGUUAUUGUCCUUCAAACCUGGCCGCCAGAUGCGCUCUUUGGUCCGGGUUACCGGGUUUGGAUUUUUCUGCAGAAGAACUGUUAAUACAUCGACAUAUUGAAAAGGGAACGAGUGGACUGAGGGCUAUUUAGCCUACUAGGACUAAGUUCCAAGCCAUGGCUGCCUCACUCUCCCUGCUCCUCUCACUCCUCAUACUGGGCACGCUUUCUGCACAGGAACUGGCCUCUGAGCAUGUCCUUCCCCAUCUGACCAGCUGUGUUUCUAACGACAUGGAAACCUUCCGCUGCAGUUGGAAUGUCGGAACAUUCCAGAACCUAUCACAGCCCGGAGACCUCAGGCUAUUCUACAUUAAAAAGAACCUCCAGUCCCUCAGAGAGUGUCCCCAGUACGGCCCCCCCGGCACCAGUGAGUGCUACUUCAGUGAGAACCACACCAGCAUCUGGAUCUACUACAGUGUGCAGCUCUUCUCCCGGGACCGCGCCGUCCUCUAUGACGAGAGAAUCUUCCCCAUCGAGGAGAUCGUUCAACCCGAUCCACCUGUGGAGCUGAACUGGACCCUGCUGACAGUGGCCCCGAGCGGGACCCACUUUGACGUCAGGCUGAGCUGGAAGGCCCCGCAGACGGCCGACGUCAAGACGGGCUGGAUGAGGCUCGAGUACGAAGUGCAGCACCGCGAGGGGGACGCCGACGCCUGGAAAUCGAAAGACCUUCAGAGGAACACGGUUACCUCACUCUAUGGGCUGCAGACCAACGUGGACCACGAGGUCAGAGUGAGGUCUAGGAUGCUGUCCUUCAAGGAGUUUGGAGCUUUCAGCGACUCCCUAUACAUCCGUGUCGCCUCCCAAGUCUCCAGAUUCCCUAUUGCCAUCCUCUUGAUUUUCGCUGCCUUGUGUUUCCUUGGCGUUGUAAUGUUGGUCAUGCAACAAAGGUUGAUGGUUAUACUCCUGCCUCGGGUUCCUGGACCUAAAAUCAGAGGAUUUGACCCAGAACUACUCAAGAACGGCAAGCUGUCGGAGCUGAUGUCCGCUCUGGGGACGCACGACGAACUGAAGUCUACCAACAACGACCAGAGCGACCCCUGGGUGGAGUUCAUCGACCUGGACAUCGAGGAGGAGGAGGAGGAGGGCUCAUGCGGGCCCGGGGACGCCGGCUCCCCCUCCUCGCCCCGCGCGCCCCUCUCCUCCCUGGGGCUCCGGGACGACAGCGACUCGGGCCGGGACAGCUGCUGCUGCUGCGACGGCCCGUCCGACCACGGCCGCUCCUCCUCCUGCGAGCCCCCCGCACCCCGCGGCCCCGCCCGGGAACCCUCCGCCCGGCCGACCCGGGAGCGGGCGGGCCCCGUGGGCCUCCCCCCCGCCGAUCUGUACACCCUUGUGAGCCACGUGCACGGCUCCGGAGAGGUGCUCCUCAAGGCCGGGGAGGAGGAGGCACAGCGGAAGGAGGAGGAGGAGGAAGAGGAGGAGGAGAAGCACAAGCAGGAGGAGGAGGAGGAGGAGAAGGAAAACGCAAAGAUCGACUUCCGGCUGGUGAUGACGGCGGACGCGGAAGAGGCUGAAACCUGGGGGUACUCCUCAGAGCGGGACGCAGGCAAGACGACCGUAGGGGAGCCCAGCGUCCCACCGUCAGCCCUGCCUUCCUGGGGGCGCCAGGGCUGUCCCCAAGGGGCCUACACAGCUGCACAACCCCUGAGCUACACCCUGGUGGAGGGGGUGGACAAGCAGAACAGCCUGCUGCUGGGGCCCAACAACACACCCGUCGCCUGGCUAUGCACGCCCAAGUCUGUGCCGACGCCUGAGGGAUACCUGACCCCCGACCUUUUGCGGGACAUCACGCCCUAGAUCGUGAACAUGUAUUCCACAUGUUGGCUGCCAGCCAAAUUGUGUUGAAGAUACGAUGUGGUGUGUAACAUUUGGUGCCUGGGCUCGGGGCACCACCGUUAGUCUCUCUAUCGCCAUCUGGAGGAGGAGGGUGACACUACUGCUGUCACAGAAGAAUAAAGAUUAUGAGAGAGUUCUCUUUAGGUUGGACUGGGAGGACUGUGUACCUCCUGGAAUGACACAGGGCCACAUAACGAUAACGUGUCAGUUGUGAAGUGUUUAACACAACCACUCCUCGGGGUCUGGUUCAUCCCCUCAACUGUUUUGCUUAGGGGGGAAAUGUACAGACCACAAAAAAACAGAUAUAACCCAGGGAAUGUCUUUGUUUGGAACUGGUCUGGUUAGAUUUUUCCGAAUAAGCCCUGACGUAAAACAAAAAAAGUUUGUCUCGUUGUAGUCAUUCUAAGUAGCGACCUCUGUUGAGGAAUUUAAAAAAAGACUUUGUAAAGUGUUUUUUUUAUAUGUAAUAUAUUUUUUACUGUUUUGUUAACUCGGCCAAGUAUUUUGUUUCUCAUAAAAUAUAUUUGUAAAAAGUCAGUAGGCCUCCUCUUGUUUAUAUAACAUUGAAAAGCUCAACCUCUUUUAAGUCACCUUUAAAAGUUUAGACAGAUUUUUUUUAUGUUAUACUUAAAAAUGUAGGAUAUCAUGCUGCUUCACACUGACUUAUCACAGUGCGAUUGAACGUGAUGAACCUUUUUUUGUAGUGCACUGUGCACUUGCAAAUAAACUCUUUGUGAAUUCUU